AUGUCUACCGACAACGUUGAGACCGACGGUCCUGGCCACGUUAUAGUCAAGGCAGAUGAGGUGGACCAGACUGGAACUGACAUAUCGCCUGUCCCGGAUGAGCAGCUCAUGGCGGAGGUUAAUGGCCUCACGUUGGAGCCAUCCCCCGUCUUUGAAGAGCAGAUUCAAGCCGCCCCUAGUUCUGGAAACCCCAGGUCUACAGCGCGACCAGGGAUCACUCGGGAUUCGGCUGCGCCUCCUCCACCAAUGCAGCCGCCACCACCUGCUCCCGGCCAAAAUGCAGCAGAGCUGGCUCCGGAUUCGCUCAGUCUUGCACAGUUAAAACGUAUCGUACAAGACAUCCCGAGAACUGAACAGCAAGCGUAUGCUUUCCACUAUGCUGACUGCCAGUCUUUUCCCGAAGAGAUUGAUGAGUGGUUUCAGUAUAGUGAACCGGAGCGAAUGAUGCUCGUUGGGUCAAAGGUAUCAUUCCAUCAGCAAUGGAAAGAAUUCUGUCAUCAGCGCUCUGUAGACACCAACUCGUCAUGGAUCGACGCCCAAAGGGACUAUCAAAAGGCAUUCUUAAAGCAUCUUUUGGUGGGAUUGGAUGACUCUGAUUUAUUUUCUCGCAUUGAAGCACUAGAAGCGAUAUGUUAUGUGCUGUGCGGUGUUUGGGGCCUAACCGGAGGGAAAUCCAUAGAAGACUACCCACAGAACCCAACAGCUGAAGAAGAGUCAGAAAACCCAAAGUCAAAAUCGCUUCAGAUCAAGUGGAUCGUAGACAAUGUGCUCCUUCUCGAUGAGUGUGAUGGUAUCUCAAAACUUUAUGAGUACAUGAGAUCUGUUUAUGAUAAGGAGGCGAGCUCACUGGACUCCGAUUCCGUCGACUUGGAUGAUGAAAAAGAGCACGCUACAUACUUGAUUGCUCGCGAGCGUGAAGCAAACCUUAUUCUCACGUGCAUGUACUUUGUUAUCGAAGUUGCUAGGAGGUUAGAAGCACAGCAUAAGGCCAACGUGGGAUUGCGGCAUGCUAUUUCCGCUUUGCAACCGAGCCUACUCAUCGCCCUUGUCAAGGUCAUAGCCGGAUUACGGUGGGAAGAUUCAGCGACCAUCCCUUUUACUCGGAUUGUUUUACUUUUCUGGAAAACUGUACUUCUCACUUUUGGUGGAAGUCAGAGCUUAGAAGACGCUAAGAGAGAUUUGGAGCCCCCGAUGGACAUCCCUAAAGAUCCAGCUGAUCGCAGAGAGCCAUUCUUGACCGCGUCGCCACUUGAUUAUCAUAUUUUUCGUCAAGAAGUUACGUCAAAAUACCCAGCUUACAACCCCCCACCUCCAGUUGUGCCUUUAGAGUUGGAUCACAACUCAAUACUUCCGCCUUUUGCAAACCAUCCCAGUCGUCUAGCUUCAGUCAACGGGUUGUCUAGUGCAACUGCACUUGGUGGCAGUGUGAGCAGUGGCUCAAUCAUUCAUCAGCCUGUACAUAUUGCUACGCCGGCUCCCUCGCCGCCCCCAUCUCCCAUAGGACCCAGCGGCAAGGCUGGGAAGAAGCAGAAUUAUCAAACGAACCAGAAUUUCCCCUUCAUGUAUCCACCUUUAGAUGAUUUGAGCAAUAACAUUGGCGGCAAAGGCACAAGUGAGAUGCAAGACACUCUUGUUGGGAAAAAGUGGGAAGGUAGCGAUGUUCCAGCUUCAAUUAUAGAGGCCGGCAAGCUGUUCUCAACUCACGUAAAGAUGACUCGUGCAACGCGUCAAUUAUGGGAAGAACGCGAGCGAUUCAUGAAAUAUGAGCGAGGCUGGAAUGCCGACGAGACCGUUAACGAAGGCGGAAUGGGAAAUGAAGAACAGUCGGAUACGAGUUCACAGCCAUCGGAAAGUCGGAGAAGCAGUGGUAAUUCGAGUAACCGAGAAACAGAGAACGAGGAUGUCCAAUGCCGCCUAGAUGCAGUUGAACACUUUUAUAAACAAGCAAUGCCACAUCUUCAAGCAGUCGUCAUCGUCUUGCUUAAGGUUAUCCUGACGAAUAUCAGUGCAAUGGUAAAUCAAGCAAAUGGUCAAGGCACUCACGGGUUGAGCUCUAACGGCUAUCACUAUACUGGAUCACGUGAAGAACUUUUCGGUGACGUUGAAGAGAUUGACAUUGUCAGGCUUCGAGAAGUCACUGGGAAAGCGAUAUCUGGGGUAUUAUUGCUCCUACUUAAGUGGUUCAAAAGAUCUCACUCGAACUAUCUUCCAUUGAUAUUGAAGAUGUUUGCUCAUCAAGACAUUGAGCUUGCAAUAGGUCAGCAGAAUGAUUUCAAGCAAUAUAGCUUCUUUCAUUUCUGUCAUUUUCACUCUGAUGACCCACCUGGGGAUGAUGAGCCUAUCGAUAAUGAAUCGAUGGAUGAAGAAGAUAUCGCCGUGCCAGCCCCUAUUCCACGUCGUAGAGCAGCAUCAAUGAACGGUAGCUCCUCGGUUAGAGGCCCCUCGCCCGUGAAGAAUGCGGCGGAUCCGGGAUAUUCAGACGGCAUUCUGCGUCCAGAAGUGGACGAACUGGGGAACCCAACGGGAUCAGUCCCCAAAGAUCCCAUCACCACUUACUCUUUCCGCAACUUUUUCUCGAUCAUCAACUAUCUGCACAUCAUGCAAAAGAUUACACGGGACAAAGCACACCGUUGCCUACUCCUCGUCCAAUACCGAUCUAGCACAAUACUCCGAAAGGGGUUAAAAAUACCAGACCCUAAUCUCCGGCUAUAUACCCUGAAAUUGUUCAAAUCGCAAGUUCCAUACUGCGGUCGCAAAUGGCGUCAAACCAACAUGCGCGUUAUUACAGCUAUAUAUCUCUACUGCCGUCCCGAAUUACGUGACGAUUGGCUGGCCGGUUCAGAUGUUGAUGCUGAAGUAGAGGAUGCCUUGCCUUUGGAACAGGCGCUGCGUGGUCUUACUCACUGGUGGCACCUACGUCGGUACAAAGACGUGUUGAAUAUCGAGGAAGGGGCUUCGCUUGUGGAGGAAGAACGUGAUUUCUUUACCAGGGAGUUGGAUGCUAUGGGCUGGGGUCUCUAUGGCGAGGAUGUGCUUAACGAUAUCGUAGACGACAGGGACUUGGGAAUGCCGCCCAAUGGAACCACUGAGUGGGAUGGGGGGCCGUUACAGAUGGAGGGUUGGUGA